AAUGCAUGUUUGCAAUGUGUAAUGUAGCUUGCUCCACGUUUAGAACUGGUUGACAGUGCUGGCCUUGGUUGGCUGUCUCUCAUAGUUCAAUUUUCGGAAACUCACCGCAUCUUACUACGUUCUUAAACUUUGCGCUGAACCUGAGUGGGAACUGUGCAGCCAUGGAAGGCGCUCAUCCUUUACUGCUUGACCAUGCUGUUAGGGAUUGGGUUUUUAUUCCUUUAACGCUUGCUAUCGUUUUAAUGAAGCUCCUAACGCAAUAUAUGCACCAGCUCUUCAACACGCCGCCACCGAGCAACAAGGAACUCAAAGAAGUCCGCGAAAUGCAAGCCGUGGCGCGGGCGGGGCGCCUCCGCGGGUUUGGCCGGUUCGUUCCCGAGACAUCCUUUAAAAUGCGCAAGGAGUACUUUGCCGGGGAGAAGGGCCUCUUUUCCCAGAAGGCAGUGACUCGAUCACCGCAGGAAGCGAUGGCCACCGAUCCCAGCAUGAUGGUGGACAUGAUGAAGAAGAACCUUACAGGCAUGGUGCCACAGUUGGCUAUGGGCAUGGUGGUUAACUUUUUUUUCCAGGGCUUUGUGAUUGGCAAGGUGCCAUUUCCGCUCAGCCCACGGUUUAAGCCAAUGUUGCAGCGUGGAAUUGACCUGGCAUCUCUGGAUGUUUCGUACUUUACGAGUCUGUCGUAUUACAUCUUGCUGCUAUUUGGCCUACGGGGCGCAUUUUCAUUGGUGUUCAGGGAGGACGUUAUCGACGAGACUGAGAUGAUGCGACGCCAGAUGAACCCCAUGGCAGCCAGUCCCAUGGGGGUGGAUAUGGACGCGAUGUUUAAGUCAGAAAAGGCGGCCCUGGCGGCGGUGGACUUCGAGUGGGAGCUAGAGAGCGCGGAGGAGCGUGCAGUGGACAUCCUUCGCCGUCAGAUCAAGGCCAAGAAGCUUUAGCCCCGAGCCAGGUCAACGAUUCUAUACACAUUGGACAGGGGGUUGGUGCCCGCAUGCCGCUGCCCGCAUGUCGCGAGCGAUAUAAAGAAGAAUUAAUAGGGUUUUCCACUGCAAUAGGGGAGUGUGAAGCGUCGGCUCAGAUUGCAAGCGUCAGCAGGGUCCUUGUUCGACGGUAGUUUUUGCGGGUCGACGGUGUUGAAUGGGAAAUUGAACGAGUCGAAUAUGCGGCGUGGACUACGACGGUGACGUGACUACGACGGUGUGCACAUGCUGCACACCGCGUUUAUUGCUACGUGAAGGUGGCGAACCCACGUUAGGCAUACUAUGUUCGCUGUCAGUGUGGUACACGUCGGUGUCCCCACUGCAGGGAAGUCGGGGGAUAUGGUAGGAAUUUCAAAACGAUCGUUGUGACGGCAAUGCGGGUUGCAUGGAGCUCGUGAGG